AUCUACUUGGGACGAAGCCUCAGUUCAAAGAUCAGAGGGAGUCUCUCAGGAUUGCCGUUGAGAUUAAGGUUCAAAGGUGUGGCGGCCCUGAGUGGAGUGUGGCUGUAUCGAUACAGGAAGUGUGGCCUUUGGCUCGCGCUCGCGCGCUCUCUCAGGGGUCAUGGCGGAUUCGAGGCUUCUCGCGCCGGAGCUGAGCGAGGCGGAGACGAUGGGUGCCGAGACGGCGCGGUUUGAGGAGCUGCUGCUGCAGGCCUCUAAGGAGCUGCAGCAAGCCCAGACAGCAAGGCCAGAAUCUACGCAGAUCCAGCCACAGCCCGGCUUCUGCAUCAAGACCAGCUCGCCGGCGGACGGGAAGGUCUUCAUCAACAUCUGCCACUCGGCCUCCAUCCCCCCGCCGGCCGACAUGACCGAGGACGAGCUGCUCCGAGUGCUGGAGGAGGACCAGGCCGGCUUCCGCAUCCCCAUGAGCCUGGGGGAGCCUCACGCCGAGCUCGAUGCAAAAGGCCAGGGCUGCACCGCCUACGACGUAGCCGUCAACAGCGACUUCUACCGGAGGAUGCAGAACAGCGAUUUCCUACGGGAGCUCGUGGUCACCAUCGCCAGGGAGGGCCUUGAGGACAAGUACAGCCUGCGGCUGAAUCCGGAGUGGCGCCUGCUGAAGAACCGGACUUUCCUGGGCUCCAUCUCGCAGCAGAACAUCCGCGCCCGGCAGCGGCCCAGGAUCGAGGAGCUGGGGAGCCUGUCCACGCCCACCUCUCCGGGAGCCGGGGGCGGCCCUGAGAAGCCUCGCCUGAGUCUCUGGCUGGAAGCCCCUGACCUCCUCCUGGCCGAAAUUGACCUCCCCAAACUGGACGGAGCGCGGGAGCUGUCGCUGGAGAUUGGGGAGAGCCGCCUGGUGCUGGGGGGCCCCCAGCAGCUGUACCACCUGGAUGCCGCCAUCCCCCUGCGGAUCAGCACCGCUGAGAGCCGGGCGGCCUUCCACCGCAAGAGGAAGCAACUGCUGGUGUCCAUGCCCCUGCUGUCCGUGCCCUCCUGACCCGAGGGCGUGUGGAAAGACCGGUGGCUCUCCUGACGUUGAAAUAAAAGGUCUUUGACUCUGC